CAUCAUAUGAUCCAUCUCAUUCAAGCAUAGACUUGAACACCUCUACGAAUCUAAAAAUUUUGUUGAUAGAACAAUGGCAUGUUGGUCUGCAGAGAAUGCCACCAAAGCCUACCUCAAAACAUUAAAAAUGGGGCAAAGAGGCAACGAACCAAAUGUAAAUGAAUUUGUUUCAGCACUAGCAGCUGGGAACAAUGCACAGCUAAUGGUCGUGGCAUGUGCCGAGGCCGCGAACGCCACCUCUACUAUCCUAGCACUGGUGGCUGCAGCUCACCAAACAAGAGGACGCGUGGUUUGUUUCCUUCCCGGAGAGGAACAGCUCCGCCUGUUAGAGAAAGUCCUGGGACACGAUGUCUACCGUGUCGAAUUUGUUAUAGGGGAAGCUCAGAAUCUACUAUUGACCCAUUACAGGGCGGCCGAUUUUGUGCUCAUUGAUUGCAAUUUGGAGAACCACCAGGGGAUUCUCAGAGCGGUGCAGGAAAGCUGUAGGAGGCGAUUUAAUGGUGCUGUUGUUGUGGGGUACAAUGCAUUUUCAGAAGGAUCAUGGCGGUCCGGUGGGUCUAAGACUCAGCUGCUACCGAUUGGAAACGGGCUGCUGGUGACGAGAAUUACUGGGAGUGGAAGUACCGGCACCGGGAAUGUAGGGAAGAAGAGUCAGUGGAUUGUUAGGGUAGAUAAAUGUACUGGGGAAGAGCAUGUGUUUAGAGUCAGAUUUCCAAAAGGGAAAGAAAUUCCGGCUUGAGUUUUCAAUCUAAUGUCUCUGGUUUUGGAAUUAGAACGUUGCAGAGUCUUGUUAAAUAGAACAUUUAUGUUACAAAGUCUUAAAUGUAAAUAAAGAGAUAUUACAUAUAAUAUAAGCUUAAAUUUAUGAAACAUUAGGAAACUAUCUAUCGUUUUUUGAGUAAAUACAGAUCUCUCACUUUGAAGGAAAGAGAUUACUAUCAAGCCAUGGGUCUUGGCAGGAUUGAUAGCGAUAUUGUUUCUGUUUGAGUUUCUUAAUUAUACAAUUAUUUUUCUUAGUAAAGUAUUAAAGUUUGU